CCUGGGGUAGCUAGCCGGACGUGUCCCUUGCAGUGCUGGCUGGUGCUUUUUAUUUACUAGGGAACACUGCCCGGGAGCGCGCAGGCAGGCGCGCGCGCGUACACAGACACAGGCACACACACACACACACUCGCGCGCGCGCGCACACACACACACACACACACACAUACUGGCGCGCUCGUCUUCACAGUUGCAUCCCCAAACCCGCAGAGAGAAGCUACUGCAAUUUCUCUUAACCCCAGGAUCUUGGGGCGAAGCAGAGCCUUUGUGCAUCAGGGAGAACCUGGUGCCUGCGCUGCCGCCUCGGGUACAAAACCAAGCAGACCGCUCACCCCAUCGGCUGGAAUGCUUGCUGAUUCCUCUGCAAACUUCUAAGACUGAGACCCUGAGGAACCCAGCUGGACAAUGCCGUCUGAACGCUGCCUCAGUAUUCAAGAAAUGCUGACAGGCCAGAGGCUCUGCCACUCAGAAUCUCACAAUGACAGCGUCCUGGCAGCGCUGAAUCAGCAGAGGAGUGAUGGUAUCCUCUGUGAUGUCACCUUGAUUGCUGAGGAACAGAAAUUCCAUGCUCACAAGGCAGUCCUAGCAGCAUGCAGUGACUACUUUCGGGCAAUGUUCAGUCUUUGCAUGGUGGAAAGUGGAGCUGACGAGGUGAAUUUACACGGUGUGACCAGCCUUGGUUUGAAACAGGCUCUGGAGUUUGCAUACACAGGACAGAUUUUAUUGGAGCCAGGCGUGAUCCAGGACGUCUUAGCAGCUGGCAGUCACCUACAACUGUUGGAGCUUCUCAACUUAUGUUCCCACUAUCUUAUUCAGGAAUUAAAUAGCUUUAAUUACUUGGAUCUGUACAGACUUGCUGACCUCUUUAACCUCACUUUGUUGGAGAAAGCAGUGAUCGAUUUCUUAGUGAAACAUCUCUCUGAACUCCUGAAGAGCCGACCAGAAGAUGUUCUAACGCUUCCUUAUUGCCUGCUUCAGGAGGUCCUGAAGAGCGACCGCCUGACUUCUCUGAGUGAAGAGCAGAUCUGGCAGCUAGCUGUGAGGUGGUUGGAACACAACUGCCAUUACCAGUACAUGGAUGAACUCCUGCAGUACAUCCGCUUUGGCCUAAUGGAUGUGGAUACUCUCCAUACAGUUGCCCUGUCCCAUCCCCUCGUCCAGGCAAGUGAGACGGCAACAGCUCUUGUCAACGAGGCCCUGGAAUACCACCAGAGCAUCUAUGCACAGCCUGUCUGGCAGACCUGCAGGACCAAACCUCGCUUCCAAUCAGAUACUCUAUAUAUCAUUGGUGGGAAAAAGCGUGAGGUGUGUAAAGUCAAGGAACUUCGGUACUUUAAUCCUGUUGAUCAGGAGAAUGCUCUCAUAGCCGCCAUUGCCAACUGGAGUGAACUGGCUCCCAUGCCUGUGGGAAGGAGUCACCACUGUGUGGCAGUCAUGGGGGACUUUCUUUUUGUAGCAGGAGGGGAAGUGGAGCAUGCCAGUGGCCGGACGUGUGCUGUGAGGACUGCCUGUCGCUAUGAUCCUCGCAGUAAUUCCUGGGCAGAGAUAGCACCCAUGAAAAACUGCCGGGAGCAUUUUGUGUUGGGUGCCAUGGAUGAAUACCUCUAUGCAGUUGGGGGCAGAAAUGAACUGCGUCAGGUUCUGCCUACAGUUGAGCGAUAUUGCCCCAAGAAGAACAAAUGGACUUUUGUGCAGUCCUUUGAUCGAUCUCUAUCAUGUCAUGCUGGAUAUGUGGCUGAUGGUCUUCUUUGGAUAUCAGGUGGAGUAACUAACACCGCACAGUAUCAGAACAGACUAAUGGUAUAUGAACCUAACCAGAAUAAGUGGAUAAGCCGCAGUCCCAUGCUCCAGAGAAGGGUCUACCAUUCCAUGGCUGCUGUCCAAAGGAAGCUUUAUGUUCUUGGAGGCAAUGACCUAGACUACAAUAAUGACCGGAUCCUUGUGAGACAUAUAGAUUCCUAUAACAUUGACACUGACCAGUGGACACGUUGUAAUUUCAACCUGUUAACUGGCCAGAAUGAAUCUGGAGUUGCUGUCCAUAAUGGGAGAAUAUAUUUAGUCGGUGGAUAUUCGAUUUGGACAAAUGAACCCCUGGCUUGUAUCCAGGUAUUGGAUGUAAGUAGAGAAGGCAAAGAAGAAGUGUUCUAUGGGCCUACACUCCCUUUUGCUUCCAAUGGAAUAGCAGCAUGCUUCCUCCCAGCCCCAUAUUUCACAUGCCCUAACCUUCAAACUCUUCAAGUGCCUCAUCACAGGAUUGGCACCAUCUGAAAGCCAAUGCUCUGUUAAUAACUAUCAUACCAGGCGGAAAAACAAAGGGUGACUGUUGGAUACUGGGCAUGAAGAGCCUCAGUGCUUAAUGCUUCCUUGUUUUGUGUUAUAGGUCUUAUAUUCACAUAAAUAUUAGCAAAAAAAUGAACAAUUUUCUAAAAUACAUUAUUGAAAACUCCUGUCACUCUUCUAAGUGUAUGUCAACAUACAAUACAAUAUGUAUGACUUUUACUGUGAUGUAGCUUAGUGUCAACUUAAUGGUACAUUAUUGUUCCAUGGAUCUUUAAAACAUUCUUUAUAUACUUUUUCUAAUCAGUGCUGUCUAGGACAAUAUGACACUGUUGGUAAUGCAGUUAAUUUCACACAAUGGCAUCAAUGAUCUCAAAAUCUUCCACACUUACUCCCUUUACUACUCAAACAUGAGCUUCUAAUUCUUCUUUUUAAAGUUUAACAUUAUGCAGCCCUGCUCAGUAGAGAGUCAGCAUUAGGACAUCAUAAAUUUUUAAGUGCCAUAUUUUAUUCAAGGUGAUGCAAAUAAUAGAAGUACACUGGAACAGCAGUUGGAAUAUCCAGAAUUUUUGCCUUGGUUACUCUGACCUUGAGCCAGAACUUUUUGGUACUGUAGUCUUCCUACCUUUUAAGGAGGAUCAUUACUGAUUUCCAUAUUAAUUCAAAAGAAUGUUGUGAGCAUUAGGCAAAUGCUCUGAAGUACUUCCCCUAAGAAAAACAAUGCUACUCAAAUUAUGAGGCAUUUCACAAUCUUGAGAACCGUGUAACUGAAUCAGAUUACUUUUACGUUUAGAAAUUACUAGAUAGGAUUUGGAAAACAUGCUAUGAAAUAAAUGAUUCUGAAAAGCAUGUGAGACAUACACCUUUUCUAACCAGAAAAAAGAACGUUUACCAAUACCAAAGAUAUCUAAAUUUCUAAAAUCCUUGCUCAAAUAAUAACUCUUAAAUUAAGUCUCAUUUUAAAUCACUUAGUGAAAAAUGACAUUUUAAAGCUAAAAAAAAGUAGUUGUACUAAUUAUGGUACCAUAAAGUGCUUUGACAUAAAUUUGAACUUAGAAUUGGCAGUUCUAAUAAAAGUUUUCCAUUUUGUUAAAGGUUAUGUCAAUCUUGAGGACUUGUGGGAAUUUUCACCACCACUGAUACAUAUUUUAUUACGACCACUUUUAAUAAUGCAUAAGAAUUCAUUUUUAGGCUAGGUUUUUGGGUUUGCUUUGUCUAUGACAAGAAAAUAAAUAAAACAAUAAUCACAUUUGAACAUAAA